CUCGCCGUUGCUUGGAUUUGACAACAAGAAUGAAGAGAAAAAGUGCACAUAAAGAAUUUGAGGAUAAUAUAAAGAAAGUGAAGGAUGAAAAGCCUGAUAUUGGCAAUCUUAGUGAAUAUGAAAAAAUGAUACAGAAAAAUAGAGAUGAAAAAGCUGCAUUUUUAGAGUCACUAAGAAUGGAUGAGGUUAAAGAAGGCCUGAAUGAAGCCAUAAAUAAUCUGAAACCGAAAAAACCUCCCAGAAAAAAUAUCAAAAGCCCUAAGAGUGUUUUGGCCCCUCAAGUUCCUACUCGUAAAAGUCUUCGAUUGGCAAAAGUGGAUAUUGAUUUGUCUGAGAAAGCAGUUGAAGCAAGGGCACUAGCAGAAGCUGAAAAAGAAAUUGAAAAGGUUUUCAAAAUAAAAGGUGGUAUUGAAAAUUUCCACAAGUUGCUCAACAGACAUCAAAGAAAGAGUGACAAUGAUACUGGUUUGAUGAAAAAGAAGAUAGGAAAAAUAACAACCAAAAAGGUUGCAAAAUUCAAUAAAGAUACAAGUAAUUCUGAUGAAUUACCACCCAUCUUGCCAUUUCAAGAGGCUAUUACAGGAGAGAAUGUAUAUGCAGACUUUGCACGUGAUUUUGAUGACCUAGAUUUCAAAACACCUAAGCCAUUUACUGACUAUGUGUCAUGUUUUAAGAAAAUGAAAAUUGAUGAGUCCAAAAUUGCUAAAGUUGUUAAUGGCAGGAUUACUGCAAUGGCUCUUCAUCCAAUGAAAGAAAAAGUGAUUGUUAGUGCUGGAAAUAAAUAUGGUGCUAUUGGUUUUUGGCAUGUGAAUUCUGAUUCUGACCCAUACGAAUUUAGACCUCACCUCUUUGGAGUCUCCUGCAUGAAAUUCAAUUCUGAUUCUUUGAACCAGAUUAUGUCAAGUAGCUAUGAUGGUACUAUGCGCUGUGGAGACAUGGAGAAAAAAGUUUUUAAUGAGGUUUUUAAUAUAUCAGAUGAAACUUCUUGCAAUUAUUUUGAUUUUAUUUCUCCAACUACAAUCUUAGUAUGUCACAGAAAUGGAAAGGUUUCUAUUGUGGAUAUUCGUUCUGAUAGUAAAUCUGCUGAUAAAUCACACAAAUGCCAUGAAUAUUCAGUGAAGACAGUGAGUGUUCAUCCAGUGAAUAAGAAUUACUUUGUUUCUGCUGACAUGAAAGGAUUUCUUUCCUUAUGGGACUUACGAAAGCUACAGAAGAAACCUGUAAUAGAAGUGCAUCAUCAUAGGAAGGUCAUAACAUCAGCUUUCUUUUCUCCUGUUACAGGAAAUUCCAUUUUAACUACUUCAGCUGAUGAUUCUCUAUGUCUUUUUAAUUCUUCUAAGUUAGGAAGUGCCCUUCCAUUAGAUACAAAAGUGAGGCAUAAUAACUUCACUGGCCGAUGGUUAUCAACUUUUAAAGCUACUUGGCUACCUAACAUUGAUGAUGCUUUUGUUAUUGGAAGUAUGGAGUAUCCCAGAAAAAUAGAAAUUUUUAAUAACCAAUUGGACAGCAUUUACAAUUUCCAGGAUGAAUACCUUGGCUGUAUUACGUCUACCAAUGUAUUCCAUCCCUCUUUGCCAGUCUUAGCUGGUGGAAAUUCCAGUGGCAAAGUGUAUAUUUUUUCAUAAAAUUCCAAUGUAUAUUUUAUAGAUUUGCUGUAAUUAUGUAUAUUUUUCUUGCGUUCCAAAGGAACCUCACCUAAUUUUUUUUAUUUUCAAUUUAUCUCUAUUUUUUUAAAAAUUCUAUACAAUUUUUCUUAUAAAAUAUGCAAAAAUUAUUGAAUUUAAGAAAUUUAUUAUUUGUUUUAUAUUGAAAUUGAAUUAAGCUUACAAUUUUUUUAAGAUUUCACUAUCAUGUAACACUUUAGCAAAUACUUUCAUAAUUAGAAAUCCAUAGUUAGCUCAGGUUUCAUCUCUUAUUGAAU